CACUCAUUAUUUUAAAAUUUUUCACUCGACGCGUGUGUGUGUCAGGCACUUUCUCCAUUUUCAAAAACGGAAAAUUAGUUAUUUACAACUAGUUUAACGCUCAAAGUAGUAAAAUGGUGAACAACUCGAACCAGAACGGCAACUCCAAUGGCCACGAUGAUGACUCCAUCACUGAGCCGGAGCAUAUGCGCAAAUUGUUCAUCGGUGGGUUGGAUUACCGCACCACCGACGAGAACCUGAAGGGUCACUUUGAGAAAUGGGGCAACAUCGUGGACGUGGUGGUCAUGAAGGAUCCCCGCACGAAGCGCUCCCGAGGAUUCGGGUUCAUCACCUACUCCCACUCUAGCAUGAUUGACGAGGCGCAGAAGUCGCGUCCCCACAAGAUCGACGGCCGCGUGGUGGAACCCAAGCGGGCUGUUCCACGCCAGGACAUCGAUUCCCCCAACGCAGGGGCUACCGUGAAAAAACUGUUUGUGGGCGCCCUCAAGGACGACCAUGAUGAGCAGAGCAUCCGGGAUUACUUCCAGCACUUUGGCAACAUCGUCGACAUCAACAUCGUCAUGGACAAGGAGACGGGCAAGAAGCGAGGGUUCGCCUUCGUGGAGUUCGACGAUUACGAUCCCGUGGACAAAGUUGUGUUGCAAAAGCAGCAUCCUAAUGGCAAAAUGGUGGAUGUGAAGAAGGCCCUGCAACAAAAUGACCAGCAGGGAGGCGGUGGUGGAGGCCGUGGUGGCCCAGGAGGUCGUGCUGGAGGAAACCGCGGCAAUAUGGGCGGUGGAGGCGGCAACUACGGUAACCAGAAUGGAGGAGGCAACUGGAAUGGCGGUGGCAACAACUGGGGCAACAACCGCGGAGGCAACGACAACUGGGGCAACAACAGCUUCGGUGGCGGCGGCGGCGGUUAUGGCGGUGGCAACAACAGCUGGGGCAACAACAACCCCUGGGACAAUGGCAAUGGUGGUGGCAACUUUGGAGGCGGUGGUGGCUCCAACUGGAAUGGUGGUGGCAAUGACUUUGGCGGCUACCAGCAGAACUAUGGCGGCGGCCCUCAGCGAGGUGGCGGCAACUUCAACAGCAAUCGCAUGCAACCUUAUCAAGGAGGUGGAGGUGGCUUCAAAGCAGGCGGUGGCAAUCAAGGCAACUAUGGCGGCAACAAUCAGGGCUUCAAUAACGGUGGCAACAACCGCAGAUAUUGAGAGAGAUACCAGACGAGGUGAUAAAGUAAAAGUCGCUCAGUAUAAGCCCAAAAUUCAAAGUCAAGUAAACGAUACGCAAUUCAAUGAUCAAUAACGAGUAUGAACGCACGUUCAUAGACCUAAGAAGUUUUCCGAGCACCACAAAACCAAACCAAACAUGACAGAGAAGAGAGAUGAGAUCAGAUUGAUCAGGAUCAGUGCAGUGCAGUCGUAAGGAGUUUGGUUCAGACUUGGAUUAGAGCAGACAGAGAGAGAUCAGUACCAAGCCAGUCCAGACCAGACCAGUCCAGUCCAUUACAGCAGCAGUACAGUACAGUACAGAGCAGAGCAGUGUGUGAGCUAAGCAGAAGAGACUAACAAAUCAUUCAGAGAGAUCGCACACAGCAAGUGGCAGUACACGUACACAGCAGCUGGCCAGGAUUCCAUUCGAUUUGUGUUUGCACAUGCUGAUUGAUUGAUUGAUUAUUAAGAGGCGCAUCGAUAACUAUCCAAUAUCCAUAGAAUUGUAAUCUAUUAUUUCACAUUGUAGCAACCAACCAACCAACAUAAUAAGUAACAUUGUAAUUAGAGAAAAAAGCCGACGACAGGCGAAACAUUUGUAUCUCCACACAACCAACCUAUAUUAUACCAGCCAUUAAUGCAUCAGCUAUGUAAAACUUCAAGGCGGCAGCCGAGAGAUAUGUUUAUUUGUAUCUGUAGACAGCUCCAGUUCAUCGGCUGCUGGCAACUUUUGAUAAUCAGAGCAGAAAACACAAAAUAUAAAAAAACAUGUAUUACAUUUUACGACUUCACUAGACUAAGUUCUCAUAGAAUUAAAUCGAGUAGAGCGUGCGGGGCGAUCUUCUGCAUCCAUCCGCACGCUGCCCUAGACUUAAUAAUUUUACUAUUCAAGUUCCAAGCGAACCUGACCGUGUGGAGGAACCUAGAUACUUAGACUUCUUUGUAAGUGUCGACAUGGAUUAACCUUUCCCCGCUGUUUAGAUGUAACCGAUCAACAAACAACACUUAAUUGUAAUCUAUAUCUUUUAGCAAGCAGUCUGUCUGAGGUGUCAGCGCACUUAUGUUUAACAAAAUUUACAUUUUAAUGUAGCGAAAAAAUACAAGAUUAAAAAAUAUACAAGUAUAUAGCAA